CGCGCGGAAUCAGCAAACAAUCCGACCAUAAGCUAUUAUUUCGCUUUUUGCGCUAACGACAAUUACGCAAAUCUCACAAUGUCACCAUGGUUUCGGCUAGCGAAACAGUCAAAGUCAGGUUAAGCUGUUUUCACGACCCUGUAUCCUGGGUCGCCAAGAAUGCCGGUGUGCUUCGUUGUUGUGCCAUGGCUUUGCUGGGCACCUUGCUCAUUUCUACGUUCCGAGCAUCUUCCACACGUGGAACUCUACUGCAGCUGCGAUCCUCUCCAGAACGAGCAUUGCCCUGCCUUGACGUCUAUUACAAGGGAGUGAUUACUCCAGUCUCGGUUGAGAGCGAUCGCGAAUGUCUCCCCAAUCACCCUGCAUCGGACUAUAUACAAACCUUGAUCAGUAUCAUGGUCGGGACACCACUCGGCGGCUCCUAUCACAACGCAGCGGAUCGCAUUGGCCAACCGCCGUUCCCUUACAAAGAAUCCCUGCGCGCCACGGGAAAUGAUUGGCCCCCCUUUGGUUACACCAUGAUUGGUAAGGCACGCGCGGAAAAUUUUCGCAACGCCAUCGAAGAAGUCAACCAACACAACAUUCCUGGGGCAGUCGUCGAGUUGGGUGUCUGGCGCGGCGGUGCCAUGAUGAUCGCGGCGGCCGUGGGAAAGGAAUGUGGAAAUUUGCGGGAACUGUACUUAUUUGAUACCUUUGCGCCGAUCGGAUCGUACAGGAGUGAGAAAUUGCAACAGUAUCUGGCGGUUCCGGAAGAAGAUGUUCGCGGAUCCUUUCGGUACUUUGAUCUCGAUGGACCGCACGUGCACACCGAAAAGGGCCUCUUCAAAGAUACCUUACCGGCGUGGAAAGAUAAGAAGCUUCAGAUUGCCGUCCUCCGCGUUGAUGGCAACUUCUACGACUCGUACCAGGAUGCCAUGUAUACUAUGUACGACAAGGUGCCGGUAGGAGGCUACGUGAUAUUUGACGACGUUAUGUCGCACCGGAACGUGAUGCGUUUCUGGAACGACUUCAAGAAAGAGCAAGGGCUACCCGAAGACCUGAAUCGUAUUGAUGACCAUUCGGCUUGGUUUCGGAAGGAGAAGAAUGUCAAGAUUGACUGGACAUUCUUUCGUCCUCCCCAGGACGCCAACGCAUAG